GGCGCAUUUGAAAUGAGUUCGGAUGACUUCUCUAUUGCGUUUCCGUAUCACAUAUGUUUCAACAAAAAUUUAUUUAUUGAACAUUUUGGACAUUACAUCAGGAAUGCAUACCCGUUUGCUAUUCGGCAGGAAACCAGAGUGACAGAUAUUCUUGAAUUAGUACCGUUUUCCUACGAAUCGAUUCUUGCCUUCAAGAAUAGUUUGUUUGUAUUCAAGAUGAGAGGAAUCGGAGAUCUAGUGCACUGCAAGAAAGAUGAAAUAGAGCCCAUCCUCCUCAAAGGUUCAAUGGUACUCAUCGACGAAGGAAGCUAUAUUCUCUAUAUUUCUUCAGUGAAUGUCACAACAGUGCGAGAAUUAAUAGAGCGAAACCUUCACAUCAGUGAUAUGCAGAGGCACGAUGGAACGAGGGAUCUUAUCAUGCUCAAUCAGAGCCGGAUGAGUCAAGUGGAACUGAAGUGCGAUGCUGCUAAUGUCUGUUCUUCAAUUAAUGUUCCCAAAAGAAGUGUGCCGAUCCUCAAAUCGGAUAAUGGAAGGGAGCGGUAG